AGCGCUCCGCGUUCGGCCAUUUUGUGUGAAUGAGCGCUCUCCGCUCUCCACGGGGCAUUUGUGUCGCGGAGCUAUCGGGCGAGCGGCGAGGUGGAAAACGCCGAAUGAUUUAGUUUCGCAUCAGAGGGACACGCGCAGUGACGGAUUACAUGUGCUAGUGAGGGCGUGCAGGAUUACCAUUACCCGCGUAAACUACCUGUGCAGGCUCGGAUAGGUACGAUGGAGGAGAAGGCGUCGCUCAAGGAGCUCGACCAGUGGAUAGAACAAUUAAACGACUGCAAACAACUGACGGAGAGCCAAGUGAAAACCCUCUGCGACAAGGCGAAAGAAAUCUUAGCUAAGGAAUCAAAUGUACAAGAAGUAAAAUGUCCCGUGACGGUGUGCGGAGAUGUGCACGGGCAGUUCCACGACCUGAUGGAAUUGUUCAGAAUAGGUGGCAAAUCACCCGAUACAAACUACCUUUUCAUGGGUGACUACGUUGAUCGUGGUUAUUACUCUGUUGAAACUGUUACUCUGCUCGUAGCACUCAAGGUGAGGUACCGGGAAAGAAUAACUAUUCUGCGAGGCAACCAUGAGUCGAGGCAGAUCACGCAGGUGUACGGGUUCUACGACGAGUGCUUGCGCAAAUACGGGAACGCCAACGUGUGGAAGUUCUUCACGGACCUGUUCGAUUACCUACCGCUAACAGCGCUGGUCGACGGUCAGAUAUUCUGUUUGCACGGUGGUCUGUCGCCGUCGAUCGAUACUCUAGAUCACAUACGUGCACUAGAUCGUCUCCAAGAAGUGCCACACGAAGGUCCCAUGUGCGAUCUGCUAUGGUCAGAUCCAGAUGACAGAGGAGGGUGGGGUAUUUCACCCCGCGGGGCGGGAUACACUUUCGGUCAAGAUAUUUCGGAAACGUUUAACCACUCCAACGGACUAACACUCGUGUCACGAGCUCAUCAGCUGGUGAUGGAGGGUUACAAUUGGUGUCACGAUCGCAACGUCGUAACUAUAUUCUCCGCACCUAAUUACUGCUACCGUUGCGGAAAUCAAGCCGCAAUUAUGGAACUGGAUGAUGCUUUAAAAUAUUCAUUCCUGCAAUUUGACCCAGCACCAAGACGUGGUGAACCACAUGUUACCAGGCGAACGCCAGACUACUUCCUCUAAGGGGUUUAUAGGCUUUCACAGGGCUAGGUGUCAAGGUAGGGGGAGUGGAAACGCGAUUCUGACUUUAUAGUAACGCCGCGCACGGCAUAACUUAUGAAUAGAGAACAUCGCAUAAAAAUGAGGAGUGUGAGGCUCCAACAAGCCCCUCGCAUAGAACCACAUGUAGCCCCAAGUAUUAUAUCAUGGCUCACUUCGUGGUGUCUCAUUGAGAAAAAAAAAUAGAAUAGAUUACACACGCACGUUCGGUGCGUGCCUUACAUGAUACAUGUAGACACACAUUACUUGUACACUGAAAAAGGAAAAAAAAGAAUACAAUAAUGUACACACGUAUCGAUUAAAAUUCACCUGUAGCAUUGAGUUUUACAAUUUUCAUUAUAUCCGCUUGUAUUUUUAUUAUAAAGGAACUGAAUAAUAAUAAUAAUAAUAAUAACGAUGAUGAUGCACACAUUUGCGCGUAUAUAAUAGAUAGAACGAAAGAUUAUCCACCAUGGUAUUGUUUUGUAAUCUUGAAUGAGAAUAUAUUGAAGCUCAUUGGAGAGAAAAUUUAUAUAAACGAAACGAAACAUCGUGUAUUUUAAAUGUUUGCGCAUUCUAAGCGAGAAGUUAGCUGUCAUGCAAGGUUCCAAAAUGCUAUACCGGCGCGGUCAUAAUUUAUAUUUAAGAGAGUGUCACAUUAUUAUCGGUGUGAAUGGGGCAUGAGGUGUUCCACUUGAAGGAAACGUAAGGUGAGUUGAUGCAACAGUAAAAUUGGCAUGGUAUAAAUCGAGUGCCAUACGAGAAUUCAAUAAACAUAAUUUCCAGGUAGAGAUUUAACGGGUUUUAAUAUAAUAGCAUUACACGUACGAAUUCAUCAGAAUCAUGGUGAAUGACAAUUUUCUUUGUAGAAUCACUUCGGUCAGUCUCUUCACACUUUAAUUUAAGAGUAAGAAAGAACUUUAUUACACGCUAUCAGCGAAUGGAAAGCGUUUUAUCCGAGUGAAAUGUAGUAGAAAUGUUCGAAACGCGGACGCGAAUCUCGUUCUCGUUUCUAUUACUCCAUAAUGUUAUUUUUGCGACACACGCGCGUUUGUACAAUAAACGAAAAACUCGAUGAGAAUGAGAUCUCCAUGUCCGCGGUUUGAAUAUUUUUGCCUCGCCGUUUUACACAGGAUUAGUUGAUUCAAUCGUUAAACGCAGUACUCGCAACGAUAAAUUCGAUCUGUCCGAUUAAUUUGUUUUGCAGCAGCUAUAUUAUAAAUCCAGCUGAACUACAACAAUGUAGAAUUGUAGUUAUGUAUUGUACUGAUUAAUGGUUGAUUGAGUUACACGUUGUUGCAUACCGAAUUAUAUAUUGCAUUGAUUAAUGGUCGAUAAUUGAGGAAACAUACACACGCACGCACACACUUUUGCAUCAAUUCUAUCUGCCUUCUAAAGUGAAACAUGUAUUUCAUACCGUGUGAAUCUACGUAUUCACGAUGGUUAAAUUGAAAAAAAAAAAAGAAACCGAUUGCUUGUAAACUUGUCGACGAUCUUUUUACUAAUUAAUAGAUAUAAAAAUGAUGCUUCUGGUAAAUAAACAUGUGUAAUGCAAGCCAAA